GGGGAUUUAUAAACGCUCUUUAACGCUCAUCUCCCUUCUCCAGCGCAUGACAACAGUUUACAUGUGCCCUCUUCAUUGACAGAACCUCCACAACUCUGUGCUGGUAAUAUGUAAAUGGAGAAAACAUCCACUUACGUAAUUGUUCCAAUAUUCUCAGUGAGGACUAGGCCUACUAUUUACUUUGGUACUGUUUGAUCAGCCAUGUCAACAGAAGAAAAUGAAUUUCCAGACUGCCAGGAGAGGGUAGGUUUGAAGAGAAAACUGACGGGUCCACCAAGACUUCUGCUGGGAAAGUCCAAAUCGAGGGAGAAAUCAGACAGGAACUCUCAGAGAAGGCAAAGACGAGGUAUUUGUUUUGAUGACACACCAGAGAAUAAUGAUCUACAGCAACAAGACAAUAAUGACAAAGAUGAUGAAUUGUCACAUAUUACCCACCACAGUCCUCAAGAAGCCUCAGAGGGAAAGGAAAUGCAGCGAGAUGCUCAAGGAGAGACCUUAGGAAUUGUUAUCACAUUGGAGAAGAAUGAAGGCAAAGAAGAAAAUGUGGAAAAUAAACCUGGAAUGACUAGGAGCACUUCGAAAACAACCAUUAAAAGGACAUUUUCCUCACUCCUCAGAUGUGGUGUCAGAAAGAGUAAAAAAUCUCACAUUAGUCAUGCCGAGGACAGAGUAGAGAACAAGAUUGUGAGUCCACAAGAAACAAAGAAAAACAGCCAAGCCAGAAAAAAAGCUCAAGACAACAUUUGUAGCUCCAUGCACAACAAUAAAUUAUGUGAAAGAAACAGUAAGGAAGCUAAUAGAAAAGGUAAAAGGAAGGUUUUCUUCACAGUGUGGCCUGUUUCUAAGAGAUCUUCUGUCACAUCCAAUGUCAAUCUGGAAAGUGGGUGUGAAGAGCAAGUUGAUAACAUGGUUUUUCAGGAGAUAACAGCACCAAAAGUUCUGCCAUUUAAAAAGCUCUACCGUAUAUUCCCAAGAAGGAAGAAAGCACAGCCUCCUGUUAAUCAGUUUGAGUGUAGUGCUCCUAAGACAUCACAAUAUAAAGAAGUAUGUGAUCAGUUGAAUCAAUUAAGUAUUGAUGUUAUGGACAUUUCCAUUACUCAUAAUGAAGUGUGCCAAAAAGAACAACAAGUAAUCAAGGAAAGUGCCGCAGAGACGUUUACAUUCAGUGCAGAGGUGAGCAUUAACACAAAUGUUGAGUCAUCCAACAUCAAUGACAAGCUAGAAAUCUGUCCUGACCCAGAUGAGAGCAAGAUUGUCCUCUCAACCAUGAAUGAAGAACAACACCAUCUGUUAGAGUCAACAACUGAGGUUUCACAAACUUGUGGUCUUUUGGAUUGCAGUAAUGGUAAAUUUGACUCUGAAUUGCCUGGCACAUCAUCAUGUAUUGCUGGUAAUGAUAUGCUAACCUUAAAUAAUACAGACCAAGAGAAGCCUAUUGAAAAUUAUAUGAAAUGCAGACCAAUGAUUACUAUAGAGCGGGCAUGCUCAUCAGAGGAAGAGAACCUGGAAGCCAAUGUGAAUGAGGCACUGCAGUUUGAUGUUCUCUCAAGGGGUCUUACAAUGAAUGGAUCCUCGCAACAUCUGCAAAUAAACAGUAUAACAAACAACCCAUUACAUAUUUCUGACCUAAGUGGUUACUCUGAAAUAGGCCAUAGCCAACAUAAUGAGACCUUGCUGAUUCAGACAGCAGUUUCAAUGGUUCAAACAGCUAUCCAUGGUGCUCUGGAACAGCUUGCAAUAGAACAGCAGCAUAAUCAGAUAAGUUUGGACCAUGGAUAACCACACUUCUGCACAAAUGCACACAUUUAAAUCCCUUAUUUAGCAAAUGGUUUCCUAUUCCUCUAAGUUGUUGUAAAAAAGCUGGAAAUAAUAGAUGAAGAGAAACAAAUGGAGAUAGGAAUCCUGUGACUUAAUGUAAGAUGGUCUCUGUGUAUAACAUAUUAGUGACAUUUAAAAUGAUUAAAUUAUUGAUGUUAGAUGAUGCAAUUUUGUUGUAAAUUAAAAUAGUUUUCAUGCAUGUCUAUCCUCUCAAAUGUGGCAUAUUAAAUAAUCAGUACUACAGUCUCAAAUCCUCAGAAAGCCCAUUGUAAUUUAAGAUUUUUUACAUUUAACAUUUGUUAAAAAGUUAAAUUACUGUUUUUUUUGCACAUUUUAUUUAAUGUUACAUUUUACUGUUCAUUAAGUUGCACUCAAUUGUAAGCCUAUUUUCUAUAACAAUGAAUAUCCCACACAUGACUCCAAGAAGGCAUAGAACCACAUGCUUUAUUAUUAUUUAUUUAUUUUGUCUCUAAACAAAUAUCUGUUUAAAUGUUUUGUAAAACCAAAAUUAAUUUAAAAUUAAUGGUUGCUCUAUUGUAGUGGACACUGCCGGCCUUUGGCAUUAAAAUGAAAAUUCUGUCAUCAUACACUCACCCUCAUGUUGCUUCAGCCCCAUAUGACUUUCUUUCUUCCGUGGAACACAAAAGUUGUUUGACAAACUUUUAGCCUCAGUCACCAUUCCCUUUCAUUGCCUGUUUUUUUUUUUUUAUAUACAAUGAAAGUGAAAGGUAACUGAGGCUGCCAGUCCCUCACAUUUCUCUCUUUGUGUUUCAUGUAUGACAGAAUGUCAUACUGGUCUGGAACAACAUGAGGGUGAGUAAAUUAUUACAGUGUUUUCAUUUGUGGGUGAACUGAAACCAGGGCCGGUUCUAGACAUUUGGAGGCCCUAGGCAAAAUGUAUGUUGGAGGCCCCCCGCCAUGCCCUCCUCCCCUCCACCUUUCAGAAUUCACGAGUUCACACUUACAUCAAAUUAAAUAGAGUAAAGAUUAUGCGUAUUUGGCAUGCUGUCCAGGGGAGGGCUCCAGGCUCUGAAUUUUGGCCAGAUUUACACAGUAUUACAUUGGAUUGCAUUGUAUUUUGGAUUGUGUUGUUUACAUCCAAUAAGAGAUUAUUAAAAAUCAAAGUGAGGAGA